AUGGAAAACAUCCGCGCAAAGCUCAAGCGUAGACUCAGCCAUAAGGACCAGAAUGCCAACUUCGAUGACCAUGAUUCUGCCGACGAAGAUACUGUGGCCCAUGUCACCAAGGAAGCUGACGAUGCUGAAAAGGAGGGCCACGCUACUGGGAAGCCGGGGAGCUUCUUGAACCGCCUAAUUCUGCACGGCAACAAAAAGACCGAAGAACAGAUUGCACGAGAAUUCGCUGCCGCGAACCCCGAGGCUGGCGCGGCAGGUAAAGUGGUCACUCAACGAUGA